AUGGCAACGGAACUUGAAGACAUCCAGCUGCUCACGAAACCGACGCCACCAAAACCAGCAGUCCGAGAUUUCAGGAACCUUAUGGUCUCGUUCCAUUUUCCCAAGGAGAUCCUUCAGAAGCCAGAGUGCAUCCCCAACCCAACCGAAUGGUUUGUUGAGCUACGUCACUACUUUGUCGACCUUCCGCAGCAGCUCGGGCAACUUGAAGAGUCUUCGACGAUGACUGCCAAUACCGGUACCGGCACCACAACCACCACUACAGACCAUGACGAAGACGUACGCAGCCUAGCUCACUGGAAGGACUACCAGAUACCGGAUGGUGCAGCUGGCGAGUCCAUUCUCGGAUGCAAAUAUAAUUCUCAUCAAGCGCGAUACCCCAACUUGAAGUGUACUCGUCGAAUCGUGUUCUCACAGCGAGCAAAGGACGGCAAAUGGUUGACCGGUCGUUGGAUGGUUGUCGCCUACGUCUUUGCCUCCACCCCUGACGCUCUUCAGCAGCUAGAUUGGUGCCAAUUGAUCUCGUCUGAUACCGUGGCUGAUCUCCAUGCCUACAACGUAGGGCCAAAGAAGCUCGAACACAGCUAUGCUCUAGAAUUGAGAAAAUUCUACCAGCUCGAUCGAAGCCGACCACAGUAUGUCUAUCGAUACAGCGGGACAACAACCAAAAAAGCACAGAGAUAUUGUGCCGAGAAGAAGAAGAAUGAAACCAUGCAGGCGAGUACCCGGGCCGAGUCUGAAGAGCCUGAAGACGAGGGAAUUUGGAACACGCAGAUGGUACCUACUGUUCACCAACUGGUAUCUGCCCCCUGCGCGGCCCUGUGGGAUGAGAGAUCCCCGAAAUAUGCGGGAGAUGUGCGGAUCCCUCCUGGAAUGCCCAUCCCCCUGGAGCUCGAGGACCUUUGUCAUUUUUUUCAUGAUAGGGAACAUCCUUCCCCAGUCCCGUAUCAUGUAAGAAACGAGGCGGUUCCUCCUGGAAUGGCUAUCCCGCAACAGCUCGAGGACCGUUGUCAUCUUGUCGACCGUACUUGGCAAUGUUUGAUGAUGGGAGCUGGUGGUGCCUCAAUCCAGUAUACACCUUUGGACAAGGAAUGGGAUCUGAUUUGA